ACUCGAAGCAGUUAUUGUUGCACUCGAAGAACAAUUUCAACAAUUACGUUUUGAAAAUCAGCUUUUAUAUUGUAAUUCGUGUUUAUAUUUGAAACAAUGCGUCUCGAAAAUAAAAAAUCAGUGGCUAUCGUUGGUUGUGGAGCAGCUGGAUUAGCAGCUCUUAAACACUUUACAACUGAAGGAUCUCCGUUUACAUGUGUGUCUUAUGAGCAGACUGAUAAUGUUGGUGGCACUUGGGUAUACACUGACAGAGUAGGCAAGGACAAAUAUGGCUUACCAGUUCAUUCGAGCAUGUACAAAAGUUUAAGGACAAAUUUGCCUAAAGAAAUUAUGGAACUUCCGGGAUUUCCACAUAAAGGUCCUGAAGACAAAUCAUAUGUGGCAGCCAAUGAAAUGCUAAAAUACUUGGAAGACUAUGCAGAUCAUUUUGACUUAAGGAAACAUAUCAAGUUUCAUCACCACGUAAAAGAAAUAAGUCCUUUAGCAGGAGAUCGUUGGCGUGUAACAGUAAUUGAUUUGCAAGAAAAUAUUGUGGAAACAUUAGAAUUUGAUGGAGUUGUUAUUUGUAUUGGUAAUUACAGUAAUCCUGCUAUUCCCGAGGUUCCUGGAAUAGAGAAAUUUUGUGGAAUGAAAAUUCAUAGCCAUGAUUACAGAGAUUCUUCAGUAUUUAAGAAUAAAAGUACUGUGGUAAUUGGUUGUGGUCCCUCGGGAUUAGAUAUAUCAUUUGAUAUUGCAAAAGUAGCAAAAAAAGUUUAUUUGAGUCACCACAAUCAGCGUGUUAAAAAUAUGAAGGUUCCAUCAAAUAUGGUUCAGAAAGUUGAUAUUAAAGAAGUAGUAGAAAAUGGAAUAGUUUUUCAUGAUGGAUCUUAUGAACAAGUUGAUUCAAUUCUAUAUUGUACAGGAUACAACUAUAAGUAUCCAUUCCUGAGCCCAGAAUGUGGUAUUCGUGUAGAGAACAAUCAUGUAAAGCCACUUUUUAAGCAUAUAUUGAACAUUGAACACCCUACAAUGUACUUCAUUGGAAUUCCAACCAACACUGCUGGUUUCUGUAUGAUUGAUUUACAGGUACAAUUUGCUAAAACAUUUUUAGAAGGGCGAGCAAAAUUACCUAGUAAGGAAGAAAUGAUUGAGGAUACACGUCAAGAUGUUGAGUCUAGAUUAGCAAGUGGAUUGCGACCUAAAGAACUACACAUGAUGGGUCGUAGGUCAAAAGAUUAUUACGAUUCACUGGCAUCUUUAUCGGGACUGGAAUCAGUGUCACCUGUUGUUCUACAAAUCUAUUUUGAUGGGAUUGACAGAUUUAUGUGUGAUUUCUCACACUUUAGAGAAGACAAGUAUAAAUUGUUGGAUAAAGAUCAUUAUAUGGUUAAAUUUCCAAAUGAAGAAGAACCAGUAAUGAGGAGACAAGAGAUUGUUGUAGAUUAAGUUUUUGUUUAUAGCUUGAUUACGAUUUAGUUAUGAACACAUUCAUUGUCUAUACAAAUGCGGGAUAUAGCAAUAGAAAUGUUAUUAAACUAUUUAUUUAAGUUAAGUAGUUUUAUAUUAAUUGAACUGAUUUGUAUUAAAUUUGUAUUUAAUAUU